GGAUGAUUCACGUCAUUAACGUCGGACCCUAGCUACUAGGCGAAAACAACGCAUACCACGAUAUUUAUUACAUCACGUACUGCGCACCGCGCACACGCGUACGAGUCACCACACAGAUCUUCGAGCACCCUCUUCUCAUACCAAUUCGAUCUAUGAUGAAUGCCCUAGUGUCUUCUCCGCAUGUGUCUACGAACAACAAACCUCAAUCACGCCAGCAGAGUCCUGCAGCUGGACUUAGUGGAACUGCUUCACGCUUCUUCGUCUCAAUGCGCAAGUCCAUCAGUCAUACCAUUUUAACUUCUCCGAGGAAACGACAUGCAGACAACCUACAUGGCAUGUAUUCUACCUCAGAAGAACGAAACCCUCAUGUUCAUCCACGAAUGCACGCGAGAUACAGAGACACCGCAGUCUCCCGUCCUACCAUUGAACAAAUUGCAAUGGGCCUACAUGUAUCCUGCACACCUCAUCUACGAAAUCCGUGUCAUCACCGGCAUUCUGCACCUUCGUCACCUUCUCAUAUAAGGUACCCCCGCGACUCAUCCGCACCGCAUCGUCCCGCACACAGCCUUCCUCCACCCCCUUCUCGCUCUUCCCUUAAGAAAACAAGCACUAGCACUACCUUAAAUUGUCCCCCUCCGACCUCAACUGCGUUAAUUCGCCCUUCUCCCUCCACAUCUACGAUCAACUCGGCAGGCCCAGCAACACCUGAUGGCCUGCGGUCCCUGCGGUCCAUAAGGCACCGUAUGUCAAAAUUGAUACUCGGGUACCGAUCUGCAUCCUUGCCGGCGCGUGUGACAUCAACAGCGUCAUCAGGGACCGGGACCCGCCCGACAACCCCAAGAAAAUCAGUGCGAUUUUCAACCAGCGUGCUUGCGUUGGACGAUGAAAAUGAAGUCAAGCACUCAUAAUUAUUUAUUCAUCUCGACACAGACACUAGUACUUAACUGCGCGAAAGUCUGGCCAGCUACCUAUUUCAUAUCAUUAACUCGCACUUUGUUACCCAGUGUACCAAGGGAUGUAGAUGGUCCAUCAUUCACUAUUUUAUUCCACCCCAUUGUAGCACUGAAAUCAUGUAUGUUUGAGAUCGCAAUUUUAACUGUUUCCGACAAGAACUUGCUUUCGGUCAAGUCCGCUUCUUCCAUCGUUUACAGGUG